UGUGUGUGCAGUCAGCGCGCCGUGACAAAGGCGGCUGCCAGUAAACUGGCGUCAUGUGCACGGCUGAAUUGGAAACGUGUGACUCCUGUCAGAGCGAGGAGGAGGAGGGAGAAAUGUUUUUGGGCUCGUUCUCGCAGGAUUAGAGAUAAAAAUGCGGCCUUGUGUGCAGCCGGUCUGAGCUCAGAAAAUCCAGCUUCCCGUUGACCUGCCGUUCGAGGUUGCCGCAGGGUGGACGGAGCCGUCUCCAUGUUUCCAAAUGUCCCUCUGUAUCCCGGCGUCGUCGUAAGCCCUGAUUCUGCAGAUUAGUUUCUCGCUGAUUUUCGGUGAUUUGUGUUGAUGUGUGUUGGUUUGUGUGCUGUGUUUGAGCAGAUUCAGAGGGGAGGCAGCAUGGCCCGCAGGAAGAGGGUGCUCUGCGUGAUGAUGGUGCUCAGCGUCUUCAUCUGCGUGCUGGUGGGCGUGUCGUGGAACCUCCGGCGAGACAAAAACGCCCGCCACAAGGUUCGAAUCCCGCUCAAGAGGUUCUGGCACCAGCCGGAGCUGAGCAAGUCCUUCUGGAACCGGGAGCAGCAGCGCCUGGACUUCAUCAACAACCCCAUCGUCAGCUCGGCGCUCUCCGGCGGCUCUCUUGGCGAGCUGCCUGAUUGGCUGAAUGACACGGGGCCGAUCGACCCGUGUGAACCCGACCACAGAGUCUCCACGCAGAUCCCGGACUACAACACCCUGCCGCAGCGCUUUCAGGAUUUUCUUUUACACAUGCGCUGCAGGAAGUACCCCAUGCUGAUCAACCAGGAACGUGUUUGUGAUGGAAAACCCUUCCUGCUGCUCGCCAUCAAAUCGCUCGUCCCGCAUUUCGACCGGCGGCAGGCUAUUCGUGAAACGUGGGGUCGCGCUGGUGUCGUAGCCAAUCAGACGGUAGUGACGGUGUUCCUGCUGGGCAACACCUCGCCAAUCGACCACCUCCCGGACCUGCUGGGGAUGCUGCGCCACGAGGCCAAGCUUCACAAAGACGUCCUCCAGUGGGACUACAGGGACACCUUCUACAACCUGACCCUGAAGGAGGUCCUCUUCCUGGAGUGGUUCAGCCAAAACUGUCCCCACGCCCAGUAUGUCCUCAAGGGAGACGAUGAUGUCUUUGUCAACACUUUACGAAUUAUCAGCCUCCUCGAAGGCCUGUCAGACAAGAGGUCCAAGGAUUUGUUCAUAGGGGAUGUCAUCAGCGACGCCGGUCCACACCGAGACAAAAAACUCAAGUACUUUGUCCCGGACAGUGUGUUCGUGGGGCUCUACCCGCCUUAUGCAGGAGGCGGCGGAUACCUGUACUCUGGAGGGUUAGCGCUACGUCUUUAUAACGUCGCUCAGCAGAUAGUCUUGUAUCCGAUUGAUGAUGUCUUCACAGGGAUGUGCCUGAAAAAGCUGGGCCUCGUUCCUGAGGACCACAGCGGCUUCAAGACUUUUGACAUUGAUGACAAAUACAGGACUAACCCCUGCGUCUACAGGAACCUGCUGCUGGUUCACAGCCGGACGCCUCAGGAGAUGCUGACCAUCUGGCCGUGGAUCAUCAAUUUGGAGCUGAGCUGCCAGUGAACACCUCCGUCUUUGUUCGCACCGUUUGAUUUCAGCACCUUUCGAUAAUUUAAAGCCCUCAAAUCUGAGCAAAAGUCGAAACGAGUCAUGUUAAUUUUUUUCAUCAAGCAAAUUGAUCACAAAUUACAGUUUGCAUAGUACAGUAUAUUAUAAUAUAAUAUAUAAAAUAAAUAAUAAAAACUACAAACAAUGAUAUUUUUACCUCUGAACUGAUG